AUGUACUCCCAACAUAUAGACAGACUGUGUGGUUGUUCCACUUUCACCUCUUUCCACUUACUUUGUCCCGCUUUUGGUGCAGCUAUCUAUAUAAAUUCCCUAUUGCUCCUCCUGUUCUCUCUACCCUCCUCCUCCCCACCCUUUCCCCGGGGCUCCCUUUGUCUAUACUGCUACGGCAAGCAGAAAGACUCCGAAAUCCCCAAUAAUCUCAGAGAUCUUACUAAAAAGACAACGUUGCCCUUGAACAUGUUACCUAAAUAUGUUGUUGGCUGGGGCUUCAACGAAGCCUUCCGCGAGGACUACCAGAACUGGCUCGAUGGCCAGAUAAAAGAGAAUGGCCUGAAAGUAGGGGUAUUGAUCCCACAGUACUCACAGGAAGGCAAAAAGAAUGUGAUCAGGUCUGUUCAUCCAAUCUCGUCCAAUUUGCUCGGAUAUAUCAUAUUCGACCACGAACAAGGAACGAUCGAAUUCACCAACUUUCAUGCGAACCCAACCCGCGAAAACUUCGCUGUGGGUGGUACAACCAAAGAUGGCACCACCAAACAAGCAGGACAAUUCAGAGAAUGGAUGAAACUCUGCGGUCUCGCGUUAGUUAAACUUGGGUACUAUCGCUCGACCUUCACCGAUGGAGCCAAGUCCACUAUCAGGCUGGACUACCGAGGAGAACUGUUGGUAUCGUUGAAUCCUCUGACGGAUUCCGCCAAGGAAAAGGCAAAGGCAAAACCGAGGAGUCCAGGCGAUCUGGAGGCGAACCAUCUCAAGAAUGUCUCAUUGAUUGUAGGAGGCGAAAAAAAACUCAGGGCGUUCAACAAGGUGAAGGAGGAGGCAAAAGGCAAGAAAGAUGCUCCGGACAAAUUUCUAAGGGCGCUCAAAAAGUUAACUCUAGUGGUCGUUCCCCCAGAAAACAUAAUACGGACCCCAUAUGGGGAUCUCGUCUUGGAUCCUCAGUACGUUGGCAGUAUAUAUCUCAAGGGUCUUAGGCGAGUUUGGGUAGAAAAAAAACGGUGGGGACCGACACAGCUUUAUUGUUACAAUUUCCCAGAUAGCCACACGGACCCUGAUCGAGGCAUGACCAUAACAACCACGAGGUUAGCGCAUAAGAUCUACAAGAUCUGGGAGCACAUUAUCAUGGAAUCCCAGAAUCCGAGAAGCAGAGAGUUGGUUGAGAUAUACUCUGAAAAUUUUGUCAACCAUCUGAACGAAAAUCUGGAGGUGUUCACAAUCAAACUCAUUGGCUCUAUUAAACCGGAAUUCUUUGGAAAGAUAUGGGAGUACAUACGGGAUACUAACCAUGAAGUCUUCUACUACAACGAAUCCAGUGAUGACAUCGAGGGCAUCUUCAUUAUCGAAAACAGCCUCCGCCGUGUUCCACGUCCCCUGAAAGACGAUGUCUGGAAGAUACUACGGACAAUUCCAGGAGGUCCGCGCACGCCACACGAGGAACAGCGUCAUCUGUUCGAAGCGGCUGCUCCGAUCAAUGAACUCGAACUCGAAUCCGACUAUGUCCAGAAUCUGCUUUGGGAUCUCCGAAGCUGCCUUGCGCUCAACACAAACACCGAUUCGAUGCGCUUAAUCUUUGUCGAUGGUGGGAAUCUAUCAUUCAAUCCUGCCUACAUCAAAGCCACGUCUGAAUGGAGAAUUCAUAAUAUUUGGACUUCGAAAAAUGACACCCAUAAGAUUCGAUACUGCCCUGAUUAUUAUAUUGAUGGGGAAGACCAUUCCCUCUGCCAUCACACAGUUAGGGAACUGUGGGAACAGAUGGCACCCCAGUUGAAGAGGACGCAGAAAAAUGAUGGCGCACAGGUUCAAGAAGAAGCCACAGAAAAUUCGAUGCGGAACUAUGAGUAUCUCAGGGACAAAACCUUUUCUCUUAUCGACGGCACGCCUCGAGGCGUCAGGUGCUCACAGACCGAAAAAGGAAAAGAGGUUGCCGUUUCCUGGGAGCUCACCGGCAAACGAGAGCAGCGCUUACGAGUGGUUCUGCAUUCAACUGAGUGCUUGGAAUUGGCCAAGACACGAAAUGAAUUGCGCAUUCUUCACUUGAAUCCAGGAGAAGAUAACCGGUGUGAAUGCCCCUCGAAGACUGCAGAAAUGGGUGCUCAGGGGGUUAUCUUCGAAGACCUAGAUAUCAAAGUAAACUAUGUGCCAUCGGUCUCGAGAGAUCACGAAGAUGCUUUCAUCGCGCUUCCACCGCCAGCGGUGCAACCCAAAGAUGCUGUGGUGCCUGAACCAGGAAUCGUCAAGCUCGAGGAUGAUGCACCUGAGCUAAAAGCGGGGAGCAUGCUCGACAACGCGAUUGCCAUCGAACCGGAGUCAGACAACGAGCCAGAUGCAAUGGCACUGGAUGCGAAUUUGGAUGCCGUCGCUAGACCCCGAACUCCUGCAGGACUGGCAGGACUACCCGCAGAAAACCGCAUCGCUGAUCCAGAAACGCCAGAGAGGGGCCAUGCAGAUCAGAUAGGAGUAUUUGCGAGGAGCCGAAUGGGAGACACUGGCCCUCCACUGACUGAUGCGGUCUCUUUCACUAAGGGUGAGCUAUCUAGCUUCGGUAAACUAUUCGAUGGUGAUUCCCCGUGUUCGUAUCGAGUUUGGGUUACUAGGGAAGAUGAUGAUCACUACCUUGUGAACCGAAAACAAGAUGAUCGUCAACAGCCUGAAGGAAGGCCUACCAAGCGGCGACGAGAGAAUUAG